CUUCGCAUUCCGACCGCAGCCUAAACGCGAUAAAGCCCUUCCGAGGGGGCUCUCCAUUCCUAGCACUUUGAUAAGGCUGGAAACGCAACUCUGAUUGCUUGAAAUGGCUCUGGAUGCCUUUGUGUUUCCGAAAAGAGCAUAAAUAAUUAAAGUUUGGCAGGGAGGAAAAGCUUUCUUGCAGAACUGUAGUGGCAAUAAAUGAAAUGACUCAGAAUCUCUUCUCCAGUCAGUUUUUACGAGAGCUGCCAGACAGUGUCUGUUCACGUUCUCCAGAUACUAGGGGCGCCAUAACAAAGUUAAGGUCAAGUUAGUGUCUUAUCUUGGGUGGCACAAAAAUACCGCAUCUUCUCCAGCCGGACUGGGUAUAUUUUUAAAUCCGAAUGUUUUGCGAGUCGUCUUAAUUUUCACGGAGGGCUUUUGGAAAUGUCUCUUGGACUGGAAUACUUGCUAUUUCCAGGCAACGAUUGCAGAUGUUUCAAGACGCCUAACGGCCAUGAAAGCGAAGAAGUUUACGGGAGUAGAUUCGUCCAGGGAGGUCACAGUGCGACCUCCAGGCCAUCAGGUGUUGCAGAGAGUUCAGAUUUUUCCUCCUGUAGCUUUGCACCAAAAUCCACCGUGUUCUCCACCUCCUGGUCCACGGUUCACCCUCAGCCGUCUGCGGCAAUGACCGGGAUCUACCACCCCUACAUGCACCAGCCCCACUUAGGGGCCGGCGACACCGGCCGCUACGUGCGCUCCUGGAUAGAGCCCUUCCCGGGCUUCCCGGGCGGCGGCGGCAGCGGCGGCGGCGGCGGCGGCGGCGGCAGCUCCGCGUCCAGCUCCGGCUCCUCCAACGGGCGCCACUACGGGAUAAAGCCUGAGACGGGAGCAGCCGCCUCCUCGUCUUCCUCCUCCUCCUCCUCCUCCUCCAAAAGGACUGAGUGCUCCUCGUCCCGGGAGUCCCAGGGGAUCGGUGUGCCCGAGUACACGUGCAGCUCCUUCCUCCAGGAGCCCCGGGAGAAGGCGGCUGCCGGCAGCUCCAAGGACCCCGCCGCCUGCAGCCACAACCCCAGCCCGAGCAGCGAUCUGAAGGAGGAGAAACAGCAGCAACUUGACCCAAAUAACCCUGCAGCAAACUGGAUCCACGCUCGUUCAACGAGGAAAAAGCGUUGUCCCUAUACAAAGUAUCAAACUCUGGAACUGGAAAAGGAAUUCCUCUUUAACAUGUACCUCACUCGAGACCGCCGUUACGAAGUAGCUAGGAUUUUAAAUCUCACAGAGAGACAGGUCAAAAUCUGGUUUCAGAACAGAAGAAUGAAAAUGAAAAAGAUGAACAAGGAGAAAGGCAAUAAAGGAGACUAACGCUGGGGUAGAAAUGCAGUUGGGGAAUAUUGCUUUGGGAUUUUUUCUGUUGGUUUGGUUUGGUUUUAUUUUUCCCCCUGCCCCCCUUAUCCCCGAUGCGUUUCUCCUCCUCCUCCUGCGUCCCCCCCCACCCACCCCAGGAACUUUAAAUCAAUCUGGUCUUUUUUAGAUAGAAGUGAAACGUGGUCUCUGUCAGGUAUUUGGGGAAAUUUUGUCUUGCUCGCCAACGUGUUUUUCAGAGUCGCUUCAUCCCCCCCUCCUCCUUCCCAGACCGUCUGGUUGGUGAUAUUGUGAGUGCACGUUAGCUUUGGGAACUCUAUCUAAUGUUAAAUGUUUGACAUGUUUCUUAAAAGUGACGUAGUCUAGAUAGAUACUUUGCCAAAAUAAAGGUAAGGACAAUAACUAUAAUUAUGGUAAUAAAAUAUAUAUUAAAUCACAGUCGCUUAAAUCA